UUGAAGCUGCCUGACUGAGCCACUCCUUCUCUCUUUUCCCUGCCUGCUACCUGUUGCUGUUUCAACUUUUAACCCCCAACCGUCCUCCACCAAAGUUCCUGAAGCUGCAGCAACUCGCAUACCAUACAUGGACUACUAGAGAGUCUUCAACAGGACAGCAAGUAACGCCACCAAAACAUCUAAAAAUGGGGAAGCAGAACAGCAAACUCCGCCCAGAGGUGAUGCAGGAUCUGCUGGAGAGCACGGACUUCACGGAGCAUGAGAUCCAGGAGUGGUACAAGGGCUUCCUGAGAGACUGCCCCAGCGGGAACCUCUCCAUGGAGGAGUUUAAGAAGAUCUAUGGUAACUUCUUCCCUUACGGAGACGCCUCCAAGUUUGCAGAGCACGUCUUCCGCACCUUCGACGCCAACGGGGACGGGACCAUAGACUUCCGGGAGUUCAUCAUCGCUCUGAGCGUUACGUCUCGCGGCCGCCUGGACCAAAAACUGAAGUGGGCCUUCAGCAUGUACGACCUGGACGGGAACGGAUACAUCAGCAAGGCAGAGAUGCUGGAGAUCGUACAGGCGAUCUACAAGAUGGUUUCCUCUGUCAUGAAAAUGCCGGAGGAUGAGUCGACACCUGAGAAACGCACAGACAAAAUCUUCAGGCAGAUGGACACAAAUCGUGAUGGUAAACUGUCUCUGGAGGAGUUUGUUGAGGGAGCAAAGAACGAUCCGUCUAUCGUGCGGCUGCUGCAGUGUGAUCCCAGCAGCGUAGGGCAGUAGAACAACCUACUGUCUGCAGGCAUCUAGUAUUAUUUAUUCAGGUCAAAGCAUUCUCCUUCAUUCACCCAGUAGUGACUAACUGCACAACAGAUCGACAUCGAGCAGAUCAAAAUGGACCCAAGCAGAGGAGCCACAUACUGGACCAUCACAUACUGGACCAUCACAUACUAUACCAUCACAUACUAGACCAUCACAUACUGGACCACCACAUACUAGACCAUCACAUACUGGAGCAUCACAUACUGGACCACCACAUACUAGACCAUCACAUACUGAACCAUCACAUAUUGGCCAUCACAUACUGCACCAUCACAUACUGCACCAUCACAUACUAGACCAUCACAUACUGGACCACCACAUACUGCACCAUCACAUACUGCACCAUCACAUACUAGACCAUCACAUACUAGACCAUCACAUACUGGACCACCACAUACUAGACCAUCACAUACUGAACCAUCACAUAUUGGCCAUCACAUACUGCACCAUCACAUACUGCACCAUCACAUACUAGACCAUCACAUACUAGACCAUCACAUACUAGACCACCACAUACUGCACCAUCACAUACUGGACAUGCACAUACUGGACCAUCACAUACUAGACCAUCACAUACUGGACAAUCAUAUACUGCACCAUCACAUAUUGCACCAUCACAUACUGGACCAUUAUACUAGACCAUCACAUACUAGACCAUCACAUACUAGACUAUCACAUAGUAGACCAUCACAUACUAGACCAACACAUACUGCACCAUCACAUACUGGACCGGACCAUCACAUACUGGACCCUCACAUACUGGACCAUCACAUACUAGACCAUCACAUACUGGACCAUCACAUACUGCGCCAUCACAUACUGCACCAUCACAUACUGGACUUGACCAUCACAUACUGGACCCUCACAUACUGGACCAUCACAUACUAGACCAGCACAUAC